UCUGCCGCCUGCAGGCGGCACUGCAGCUCUACCAGCUCCUGCUGCAGAAGAAGAGAACCGGAAGUAAACGUGAGCGCGCGGACACGGACAAACCGGAGGAUUAACCCGCGCUACAGGUAAACAGCUAAGCAGUUUACGCGACAGAACGUCGCUCCACGCGCACAGGUGUGUUUACAGCCGGAAACCACCGGGCAGAAGCUAGCGGCUACACGCAAGGCUCAUGGACGCCCUGACCUGGUUGCUAUUGGUAACAGUAUGGCAGAGUCAUAUUUGACACGCCCAUCACUGACAGCCCCGCCUUCACCGCGACCCUCAGGAUGAGCGACUCCUCUGAUGACGAUGAUCCCAGGACGACAGACUUUGGAAACAGGAUGUGGGCGGAGCCUCAGCCAGGUCCAUCUAGGAGCACAGUCAGUAGACAGGGGUACUGUGGGUGCUGUAAAGUCCUGUACAGCAAUCUGGAUCAGCACCUGUCCAGUCUCAGACACUUGGAUUCAGUCCAAGCAUCCUCCAGUGAGUCGAGCAACCUUUCAACGAGCCAACGCGGCACCCUGACCCUGCUGGAGCGCUUCCUUCAGGACGUUCAGCAGUAUCACCCUCACCACUACAGUGACCACAGGCCAUCUCACACCGAUCUGCCUGUGGUUUCUGGCAUCCUCCUGCCAAAAAUGGAGGUUGAGGAGAUCCUUUUUUCUGCUGAUGAAGGUGGUUCUCUGGGGAAUUACAGCUCCCAUGAUGCAUCCUGUCAGUCAGCCAAUUACAAAGACUCGGGCCGUCACAGUCGAUCAGGAAAGGUUCAAGAGAGGCUUUCUUUGCCAGUCACAGAGCAGGAAGCAACACCAACUGAUCGGCACGGCCAGUCACGCAGAAGAGCCCCGCCCCUCGAGCCUGUUGCUCUGCCUUCACCGUCCCCUGCUCCGCCAUCGGUUCACAGGAAAGCAUACAGGAAGACCAACAGGAGAAAAAACAGUGACUCCUCGUCCUCACCAGAAUCCAAAAGGCACCCCCUUUCUCCGCCCUCCCUGAAGCUGCAGCUCAGCACAGGUUUGGGGGCAGGUGUGAGUCCCGAACAGGGGCUGCCCCCUGUUACCGAGUCCAGGCCCUGGCUGAGCUGGCAAAGGAAAAGGAAGGAGACGCACAAGGAGGCCUUCUCCUCUGACAGCUCUGACCCACUGCAGCAAACAAUUGAAGAGGUCAUUCAGGUGUGCUGCUAUGGCAUCAGCUCCACUAAUUACCAGCAGGAGGAGCCAGAGAGCAUCCACCUGAGCCUCCCUUCAUCCAUGGCAACAUACAGUGCAGACUGGGACUUGGGAGUGCAGGGCGGGGUGGAUGCAUCUACACCUGUGCAGCUCAGGCUGAUGGAGAAGCACAAUUUCAGCCACCUUAUGGAUGUGCAGGUGGAGCUGGAGGACCGCAUGUACUCAGAGCAGCUAGACUCUGCGCUGUUCAAUUUGAAGGGUGGAACCAAACAAGAUGAAGGCUUCUGGACUCUGCCCAUUGAAGAGGUCCUGCCGGCUCCAGAAAACAUCCCAGAGUCCUUCAGAGGGAAAUCCUGGGUCCAGAUUGAAAAGGAGGAUGAGGAGAAGGUCAACAAGCUGGUCCAGCAGUUCAGACAAGGGAGAUUCAUCUGCUACUUCGACACAGAGUCUCUGGCCAGGUAUGGUAGGAGGAGCCAGAGCACCAAGAAGCCAGGUGAAAAUGUGAGGGUAAAGCCUGGAAAGGUGCUUUCUUUGCUAGAACAGGACAGCGAUGACAUCACACAUGUCAAGAGGAGGCGGACCUUCAGAACAGCUUCCAGGUGUCAGGUGGUGAAAGUCAGCCACAGUACUCAGACCACGCCAUUGAUAAUCCCUGCAGUACAUCUGCCUGCCCCAAAAGCUCCACCCACAACUACAAUCACGGACAAGAGUGCAGCGGAGAGAACCCCCAACACCCAGAUGUGGCGUCGCCUCCCUCCAUGUUACUCAAACAUUGUUACCCCUGUUCAACCGCGCACCUCACUAGUCUACCUGCUGUGCCCCCCACAAGACUCCACUGCAGCCCCAGUAGGGGGCACCAUGUCCAGACGCAACAGGAGGAGACGGCGUUCUCCAAACUGGCAAACCUUAAAAUACAAACCACUUCCUGUCCAGGUGUAUGAGCCAGGAACCAAUCGCAUCUUGAAGAAAUUUCCAAAAAGCUCUCUGUUGUACAAAAGCUCCGCCCCCCCUGUUCCCGCACAUCCCUGCAUUCGUCAACUGUUCCGAAGUCUUAGUCCAGACCUGAACUCCGACAGGCCGUCCGGGCAGUUGACCACUGAGGAUUCCUUCCUACAGAGCGCGCUGAGUAGAGAGUCAAACCAGACUGUUAUUGUCAGGAGGAGGCGGGGCACGGCUCAAGCGCUCAUCCCUCCUUUAGGUAGCAGGGCGCAGCAGUACAAAGACAGAGAGGAGAGGACUAACCCCCCACCCUCUAAGAGCAGGUUUAGGCUACAGACCUUGCCCCUGCAGCCCAGGAGGGAGGGCCUUAGGCCAGUGUGUCCUGGCAGAAGACAUCCUACAUCCAUAAGCCACGCCCCCUUUGGCUCCCAUCGUGGGAAGGGUCAAAGGGGACGGGCCUACAAGAGGAGGGGAAGGUAGAGGGACACUUCAGAAGUUUGUAUUGGUUAUUAACACUAGUUAGAUGGGUGGUGCCCUGCGACAGACUGGCGACCUGUCCAGGGUGUACCCCGCCUUCGCCCAUCAGUAGCCGGGAUAGGCUCCGGCACCCCGCGACCCCGAAAGGGACGAAGCGGUCAAGAAAAUGGAUGGAUGGAUGGAUAGAUGGGUGGUAAACCUGAAAGAGAAUUUUAAAGCUAAAGUUUUUCAGAAAUUAUAAUAAAAAUGUUUUCUAUGAAACUUUCAGCUUACUUAACCUUUCUUAAAUUAAGGUCAGUGAAGAACUUGUUCUAAUUUCCGAUGACGACCAAAGCAGAAACAAUCAGACCAAAGAAUUCAGAAACGUUCCUGUCUAUGACUUCAGUCAGAGAUCCAGUCACGGUUGAUGGGCUGAGUGAGAGUGAUGGGUGAGUGAUGCUGUGGGUACCUGCAUGUUCAAGUAGAAUGAGGUUUAAUAAAUCAAACACAUUUGUGUGCAUGACUAAAGCCAGAAUCAGUGACUGCAGACGGUGACAGAUUAAAAAAAGUAAAGACGUGCAUGGUGCUCUCUGAAAUGAAAAGACAAACAGGUCAAAGACAGAAAUGAACAGAAUGCAGGUUAUUUUUGCCAUCUGAUUGAAUGCUUAUGUGGAUCAAAUACUGAUACUUUUUGUGGUUUCACCAAAGAGCUGCUGAUUGUCACUGAUGUCUGCAGAGACUUUGCUUUCUUUACUUCUCCACAAUCACAUUGAUUAAGGACUUUGCUACAGAGAUUUCUUACUCUCUAGAGCGUGUUUCAGUAAUGGUCACUCAGCCCUUUGACCCGACCUCUUCUCAGAUUUUCUUUCAUGGUCGGGUCAAACUUGGUCAAGAAAAUGUUCGUUUUCAGCUCAGCUUGUCAGAGUGGCUGCAUGUAGAUCAACUCAGACCAGUUACUGUCAUGUGUUGCCAUGAGGUCCAAAUCACAAAAAAUAGAAACUGAAUUGGCCUAAUUUUGCUGGAGCUGAAAGAGAUUUUAUGUCCAGUCAAUGACAAUGACAAUAUGGAGCUUUACAAAACAAUACAUAUUCUGUGAGGAUGUUUAUCAUGGAUAUAAUAUGUACUCAAUUUUGUAACAAGUGUCUUAAGGGCAAGCGUAAGUGGAUUUUUAUGGGGUCAUCAGUAACCACCAAGUUUAGCCUUAAUGGUCUGUCCACCCCGGGUUCAACUUCAGCCUUUUUUUUUUCUUAAAAUCAAUAAAGUUUCACAUCAACAUAAAAUCAAAACAAACUACAGAAGACGCUGAACAGAGAGGCCAGAGGAAAAACGCAACUGAUGAAAAAACACAAUUACAGAUUAUAUUAUAUAAGUAGAUCCUGUUUUCUGGAAGAAAAAAGAAACGAGCAAUAUAUUUUAAACAGAAAUAAAUGUCAGAAAGAAUAUUUUUUGUGGUACAUUUAGAAUUCCAAACCAAAACGUUGUAGUUGUGAGCAAGUCCAAAAUAAAUGUUGCAUUCAUAGUGUUUCCAAAAGAACAAGUGUUCUUUGUAAUAUUCAAUAUUUAGCUGGAGUUGAACUUAUAUUAAGAUCAAAACCUGUUUUUUUUUUUUUUUUAAUUCCUUCUACAGAGUAUGGAGACAUGGUUGUCUGGAAAACAAAGAAAAAUGUCCCUCCCGCCAAUUUUAACCGCACCACAGACAUGUAGGGCCGCUGGUGGGACGGUGACGGGGCAUCUCUGCGAGAAAUCAGGAGAUGCCCUGUUAAGGC